AUGUCUUCGGCAAUUGAUUACUCCAGAAUCGCUUUGGGUCCCAAACGAGGUCCAUCUGUUGCUGAGAAAGAAGUUCUGACCUGUAUUCUUUGUCAGGAGGAGCAGGAAGUAAAGCUGGAAAGUACUGCCAUGGUAUUAUCUGCUUGUGUCCAGAAAUCAACUGCCUUAACUCAGAAUAGAAGCAGAAUUCUUGAACUCUCUGGGGAUACACUAGAUCCUCUCUUCAUGCACCCUGACUUACCUUGUGGUACCCACACAGGAAGCUGUGGUCAUGUGAUGCAUGCAGCCUGCUGGCAGAAGUACUUUGAAGCCAUGCAACUGAACUUCCGACAACGUCUGCAUGUUGAACAGAUAUUUGACUUGGAGAAUGGAGAGUAUCUUUGUCCACUUUGCAAAUCUCUGUGCAACACUGUGAUUCCUAUCGUUCCACUGCAGGCUCAAAAAAUAAACAGUGAGGAUGCAGAGGCAGUAGCUCAGAUUCUGUCCUUGGCUAGGUGGCUGGAGAUUAUCAUAGUCAGGAUAUCAGGCUACAGUGUAAAAAAUACUAAAGGAGAGAAACAAAAUCUUCCAGCUUUCACCAACAAGGGAAUGGGGAACUCAAAUUUGGAAUUCCAUUCUAUCCUUAGUUUUGGAGUUCAGUCCUCAGCCAAAUAUUCAAGCAGUAUCAAGGAGAUGCUUAUUCUCUUUGCCACCACCAUUUAUAGAGUUGGGCUGAAAGUUGCUCCAAAUGAAGCUGAUUACCGUAUUCCAAUGAUGACCUGGAGCACAUGUGCUUUUACCAUCCAGUGUAUAGAAAAUCUCUUGGAAACGGAGAGCAAGCCUUUAUUUGGAUCUCUACAAAAUAGACAGCACAGUGGCCUUAAAGCAUUAGUGCAGUUUGCAGCUGCUCAGAGAACAACAUCACCACAGGUCCUGAUUCAGAAACAUCUGAUUCGUCUUCUAGGAGUUCUUCUACCAAACUUUAAAGUGGAGGACACUCCAUCUCUCUUAGAAGUAGACAUGUUCCACAUUUUGGUGGGAGUUGUAUUAUCCUUUCCAUCUUUAUACUGGGAGGAUGCUGUAGACUUGCAGCCUUCAACAAUUAGUUCAGCCUAUAACCACCUCUACCUCUUCCAUCUGACAACACUGGCACAUAUAACACAAAUUGUCGUCUCUUCAGCAACAGAAUCCCCUAUUGCUCGAUCAUCUGACGACAGUGAGGAGGCACGGUCUGCAGAGUCCUUCUGUAGAGAGGUUUGCCAGUACACCAGUGGCUGCUUUAGUCAGGAUAUUCCAGGCUGGCUUGUGUGGGACUGUGUUAAAAAAGGCAUCAUGCCUUACCUUCGUUGUGCUGCUUUAUUUUUUCAUUAUUUGCUGGGAGUUUCUCCACCUGAGGAACUACUACAAGUUUCUGAAGAAGGGCAAUUCAAGGCACUUUGUAGUUACCUCUGUCUACCUACCAAUUUGUUCCUGCUCUUCCAGGAAUAUUGGGACACAGUAAAUCCACUGCUUCAAAGGUGGUGUGCUGACCCAGUGGUGUUAAGUUGUUUGAAGGGGAAAACCAUUGCAAUAAGGUAUCCUAGGAAAAGAAAUAGUUUAAUAGAGCUUCCUGAAGACUAUAGCUGCCUUCUGAAUCAAGCCUCUCAGUUUAGAUGCCCGCGGUCUUCUGAUGAUGAACAAAAACAUCCGGUGUUGUGUUUAUUCUGUGGGGCUAUGUUGUGUUCCCAGAAUACUUGCUGUCAGGAACUGGUGAAUGGGGAGGAGUUGGGAGCCUGUACUUCUCAUGCUCUUCAAUGUGGAGCUGGAGUCUGUAUGUUUCUCAAAAUUAGGGAAUGCAAAGUUGUCCUCAUUGAAGGUAAAACCAGGGGCUGCUUAUAUCCUGCUCCCUACUUGGAUGAAUAUGGAGAAACAGAUCCAGGUCUGAAAAGAGGCAAUCCCCUGCACUUGUGUCGGGAGCGUUACCGGAAGCUCCAUCUGCUAUGGCAGCAACACUGCAUCAUAGAGGAGAUUGCCAGGAGCCAAGAAACGAAUCAGAUCUUCUUUGGAUUCAACUGGCAACUGCUUUGAAUCUCUUGAUUUUUAGUGAAAACUCUUAUCUUUGGCAGUGCUUUGGAAAAGGAAAGGAGGGUGGCAGUAAAUAAUCUAAUCUCAAGUGGAAUCUGUAGUUCAGACACAAGUGGUGGGUUCUCUAGGUUGGAUGUAUUACUGACACAUUGAAACAGAAUCUCACGUCAUAUGUUUGGUGCGCUUUUUUUUGUCUUCACAAAAAGGAAAACCACAUUAUAUAAUUCUUCCUAAAUAUUCAGGUCCAGAAAUAUUUCCAUUUUUUUUUAGAAGUUGCAAUUGUUUCACAUGUUUUGACAAGGACAACUUCCCAAAUGCUGUGCUUCAGGGCACAUACCACAUUUCUGUCUCUUCCAUGCCUUGAGAAUAUACCUAAAUGGUGUUGC